UUCAACGACACUGGUGGUUUGCAGAAGUAAACAAAUGAAAGUCGGUCAUAUGUUGGUGACAGUAGAUAGCGUUAGUUAUCGCCGCGACGCUCCACAUAGGGCAAAGUGUGACUGGGAGAUGGCAUACAGAACUGGAGCUGGAACUAGCUGUCAAGCUGAAUAGGUGUGUUCAUUGUCAAGGGCAUGAUGAUGCUUGCUGCGGCAGUUGGUGUUGCUAGUGGGGUCUUCAUCUGGCUCUUCCUAAAACCAAGCAAUCCUCGUCAUGGUAUUUAUGCAGUACCAGGUCGAUGGUACUGGUUGAAAAAGGCUGUGUUUUAUCUGAUGAUCUGUGCCCGUAAAUGGCAGAACAAGAAGAAAGGUCAAGAACGAGGCCAAACUGACAACUUCUCGAAGGGGUACGGGAAAGGCAACACCGACCCUGCCAGCAUCGACGGCCCCCAGAUCCUGGGUGAAGAUCCCUAUGCAAUAGACACCGCCUACUAUGCUGGGUUUGGAGAGGAUGGUAGCAAGGUUGUGUUCCGCAUUGCCCGCCGCCAUGGACGCAGUGCCGAGCUCUGGCUGUUUCUCGAUCUGCCCGGUAUCGGCCAGCUGCAACACCCAGUGCACCCAGAUACGGAUGUUUAUAACACAGAUGGGAAGAACUUCUCUGCCGGUGGACUGACCUUUGAACUUCUUCAGCCAAUGAGAAGAUGGAAGAUCUCAUACAGUGGAUUGAUGAGGGUGGGACUGUGUAAUAAUAUAGAUACAAAACCUGACAAGUUUGUACAAACCAAGAUUUCCUUCAUCUGGGAUGCUUUCACUGAUCACUUCAACUUUGACACGGACAUCAGUGCUGUGGCCAUUGCUGAUGGUGUUGCUAGGGAGCUGUGGACUAAAGAGUUCUGGGCCAGACUCCAGAGCAAGCAUCAGACCCACUAUGAGCAGUGGGGGGAGAUGAGGGGGAGAAUCGCAGUCGAGGGGUUUGAUGAGAGAAGACUGAGUCUCAAAACUAUGCGGGAUCACAGCUAUGGUGUGCGUGACUGGAGGACCUUCUACCGAUAUGUGAUCCACUUCAUCUAUGUGGAGACUGGCCUGACUGCCCAGGUGGGGAUUGUCAGCCAUCCGGAUACAAUGUCCCACCUGAUGAUUGGCUAUGUGGCCUACCCCAAUGGAGACCUGGUGUCAGUGAGUGAGGUCAGCCUGAAGCUGUGGGAAGUAGGAGAGGACGGAACCCCCCCCAAACAGUACCGCUUCACCUUUACUGCCAACAGUCAGCUGUACACAGUCGAGGUACGCACAGGCAUCACACCAGUGUGGUAUCACCAUGACGACCGAGGGGGAAAAGUGAUGGAGGUGUUCAGUACCUACACGGUCAACGGCCGUGACGGCAGGGGGCUGGUCGAGUACUUUUACAGAAACCCUGACGGUCCGAGCUACACCCAGCAGACAUCACUCAGGAUGCUGACAGAGCCCUCUAGUGGGGAGACUGUGCAUGACAAAGACAGCCUCAUUCUGGCUUUCACCCAUCCUGCAUGUGCUAGUUCCCAUCUUGUGGGAGGCAAGGGCUCCCAGCUGGCUCUCCUGUCACAGGUCCAGGCCGAGCUGAAUGCCACAGUGCCCAGCGGUGUUUGUGUCACGCUAGAGGCCUUCAACACACAGCUCCAGUUAAAUGAUUGUCUGGAUGUAUCUAUUACGAAAAUUAGAGGCAGUAUUUUGCAUUGUAACCAUGACAACUUGUCCGGUGCCUGUUCUGACACAGUGGAGCUUUUUGCCACCACAUCCAUCUGCAAGAGUGUGAGGGCGGCCAUCUUGGAUAGCUUACAAUCUCUGUUUACUGAGAGUUACGAAACGAAGAUAUUUGCAAUCCGAUCCUCUGCUGCAGGUGAGGACGGCAGUGAAGCAUCCAGUGCCGGACAGAUGGAGACAUUCCUGGGUGUCAUGGGGGUCAGUGAGGUUCUUGAUGCAGUACGGAAGUGCUGGGCCUCUGCCUAUACAUUCCAGGCCAUGGAAUACCGCAGACAACAUGGCCAGCCAAUCAGGACAGCUGUGGGCGUGGUUAUACAAGAAAUGGUCCAAUCGGAAGUCUCAGGUGUGUUGUUCACGGCAGAUCCUAUCUCAGGCAGCACCAGCAGUUUCACCCUUAAUGCCAACUUUGGCCUUGGAGAGUCGGUGGUGUCGGGGAAGGCUGAUCCAGACACCUUCAGGGUCAGACGGAGAUGGGGGGACCAGCUGGACAUCACGGACAGACAUCUCGGCAGGAAGAGCACGAUGAUGGUUAUGACAGGGAGCAGUGGUGUUGAGGAGAAGGAUACUGCUGCUGAUGCUUCUGUGUCCAGCCUCUCAGAUGAUGAUGUCCUGCGUCUGUGUCACAUUGGAAUACAGUUGGAGAAAUAUUUUGGCAGCAGUCGAGAUGUAGAAUGGGCCAUGGCAGAGAACAAGAUCUACCUUCUUCAGUCUCGGCCAAUCACGGCAGCCGACCAGGAGAGAGAGGAGGAGCUACUGCAUGAGUUUGACAGCCCUCUGGCAGCUGACUAUGAGCUGCUCACCACUGGGAACAUUGGAGAAAUGAUGCCCCACGCUGUCACCCCCCUCACCUGGAGCCUCUUCUUCCAGGCCAUCGACAACAGCUUACAGGGUUUCAUGCAGGGCUGUGGGGCACGGCAGAGGAUCGCCACUGUCAACAAGUCCGUAUACUCCUGCUGUAACCACCUGUUUAUCGCCAUGCAUCAUGUCGAUGCCCUUAUUCUGGCAGCAGCAGGGACCAAGAAGGAGAUCGCAGAGUUAUCUCUUCUUGGUAUGACUCUCCCACAACUCCGGAUUGAGGAAGUAAAGGACUAUGUUGGCAGGACCACAUCAGGCUUGGGGAAAAUUGUCAACUUCUUCAAUCUCCUUAAAACGUCAUCAGAGGGUAACAAGUACACGAAGGUCUGGGAGAAGCGCCUGAAGACCUACAGUGUUGGUGUGGAAUGUGGCCGAGCCGAGGCGCUGUAUGCCGACAUCCACAGCAAGCUGAAGGACUACUGGGAGGUAUGGUUGUACACGCUGAUCAACAGUUCCCGCUCAGGGAGUUGGGCCACCAUCCUCAUGUCUGUGCUCACUCAGGGCAAGGGAGAAUGGCUGACGGAGCACUAUGGGGACAUUGCCAUGCUGCUGUCUCAGUGCACAGAUGUGUACAGUGCCGAUGUGCCGUCAGGCAUGCAGAAUCUGGCCAAGGAAAUAGCUGCGUCAGGCCUGGCUGAGGAGUUCCUGACUCUAUCAGAUCAGGACUGUGUGAAGCUGGUGAAGUCGGCGAGACAUCCAGAAAUACAGAAGAAGUUCUCUGCUUUCCUUGACCGUCACGGGCACCGGUGUAUACGAGAGGCUGAGAUGCGAGAGAAAUCUUGGCAGUCUGAGACUGAGAAACUCAUCAAAGUCAUCAAGACAAUUCUCCAAACCAAGUCCUAUGACAGCAAACCUAAGCCAUCGCAGUCAGUGUCCCAGAUCAUUGCCAAACUCAAAACUCCUCUUACAUUCUUCCAAAAACUGAUACUGAGAGGCCUGCUGCCGAAGGCGAGAUCUGCAGUAGGGGAGCGGGAGUGGGGCAAGUCCACGUCGGUGGUGAUGUCCGAGAAGUUCAAGCAGGCCUACUGGAGACUGGCGUCCCUCAUGGUGUCCGAGGGUCGUAUUCCGGAUGAAGAUCUCCUGUUCUUCCUCACCCACCAGGAGAUUGGGACUCUUAUCUCCACGCGCUCCUCUCGCCUCAUCAUCAAGGCUGUCAGGAGGAGACGUGUACAUUCCAAGCAGAUGACACUCAGGUUCCCCAAACUCAACGUUGGCUACCCUAUACCUAUCGAUGACAGGAACAGAGAGGCCUCCUCGAUCAACACUACAGAUGUACUCAGAGGUAUGCCAGUCAGCCAGGGUGAGGUGCAGGGCCCAGCCAGAAUCAUCACCAGACUUGAAGACGCUGGCAGUAUACAGGCUGGUGAUGUCCUGGUUGUGAUGUGCACGGACGUGGGCUGGUCCCCCUACUUCCCCCUUAUUGCGGGACUCGUCACAGAAAUAGGCGGGCUGCUCUCACAUGGGGCAGUGGUUGCGCGCGAAUAUGGCAUCCCCUGCGUUGUGAAUGUGGCUGAUGCAACUAUAAGGAUAAAGUCAGGUGAGAUGUUGGCCCUGGACGGAGUCCGGGGGACGGUGAAGAGGCUGAAGACACAGUAGCCGAGGGGUUGGGCCAUUUCUCCACGUCUUACCUACUCAUCACCGAGGACAGAUCAAUCAUCUCCAGGGGAAACACAAUUGCAAACAAAAAAUCUGAAGACCUAAUUAGAAAUUCAGUUAUAUUCACCAUCUCACUUGUGUAAGAAUUAUAUUUAAUCUUUUUAUCUGGGAAUGGCCAUUUUGAACAAAAAAAUAAUACAAACAAUAUGAUCCAAAGGUUUGCCAUUGUGAACAAACAAAGAGUAUUCCUCCAUCAUCUAUGAAUACAUAUGCUAUUCAUGACCAACGAUUCAUGUGAUGGCCUGGUUCUAGCCAAUGGGAAGCCAGCAAGUACUGGGACCAGUUUACAAAAACAGAAAUGUUUCUCACUUGACAUCA